CCCGCACCAUGCCUGCCAUAGUGCCCAAGAGCCAUGCCCCGGGGGUGGACUUCUGCGGGGUGAAUGCCUAUUACUACAUCGUCCGCUCCGACCUGGGCUGCUACAUGAGGUCGACCAACUUCAAGGAAGGCAAGGACCUGACCGUGUACAGCCUGCACCCCUCCUGCCAGGGCGGGGCCCACUACCUGGCCCACCAGGACGACCUCUUCUACAUCCUCAAGGGCAGCGCUUACCGCCGGGUGUCCAACAUGAACACGGACGAGAGCUCUGUGGUCUACAGCCUCCACCCCAACUGCGCCCUGGGCUACUUCUACAUCAUCUUCCAGAGCCGGGGCGUCUACCGCCGGGUCACCAACAUGAACAGCGACGCCGACGCCGUGGAGUACACCCUGCACCCGGCCUGCAGACACGGCCUCUACUACUGGGGCAUCAAGGACUAUUACUACUUCGUCGAGCCCCACGACGAAUGGGGCGUCCAGUACCACCGCACCACCAACUUCCACGAGAACACGGACGCCGACACCUACUCCUUCCACCCCGACGUGGUCAGCUUCCUGCCGGGCGGGCUGGCCCUGACCCAGGGCGCGGCCUUCGGCACCUGGGAGGCCAUCAAGACCAUCUGCAACGACUCCAACACGCCCGUGGCCUGGAACAAGAAGCUCACCCGGAAGGUGGGCUACGCCAAGGAGAAGAUGAGCAGCGUGGAGCACAACUGGAGCGUGAGCAUCUCGGCCUCCUACCAGUCCGGGGCCCUGACCGAAGCCAUCGCUAAGUACCAGUUCUCCCUCAGCGCGCAGUACGGCGGGAGGAGCGUCAAGACGGAGCAGGAGGACUGGAAUGAAGCCCGAAAUGAGGAGGAGUCAAUAGAAGUGUCCCUGGAGCCCCGAGAGAGCCUCUAUGUUUGGCAGUACCAGCUUGGCAUAGGCCCAACACCCGUCUUGUUCUGUAAAGACAUCCGGUUCACCAAAAAGAAUAUCCCGCCCCGGGGGGGGCCCCUGGGCCGGCGUGGGGCAGGCGUGGAGGGUCUGUGGCGCAGGGGGAGCCCUUAG